AUGAGCGAAGAGAGUAUAGAGACAGGGGGCAGAAGUGCACGAAAAGCAGUCGAAGAAGCCGGCUUCAGUGAGGAGCUGAGGAGGCAGCUGGAGGACAAGAUUGCCAAUGCGAGCUUCAGAAGUGACAAUGCUCAGGCAUUUGCGCAGGCAAAUCUGCCUGCAAGUGCCGGUAGAGGGAUGAGGGAUAUCGCGGCUGCGAGGCCGUGGACCGGGCAGGAGUCUACAGAAGAUGCAUCACUGCGAAUGUUGACAGAUGCGCAUAAGCCUUUGCGAUCGCCGGCACGUAUACCUGGCGUACGAGGUCCGCCCAGCAAGAUUGACACCGGACGACCGAGUGGCAAGCCGCAAGCUGGAGUGAGACUGGCCAAUGCUCGUGACAGGACGUCGAUGUACGAAUAUGCCAAGGACUCUGGUCUGUCGGAGGAAGAGCGAGAGAAGCUACGCCAGGAGAUGAAGAUGCGCUUCGCUCCCAGUGGACGCUCUGCGCCGGCAACUGUGCAAGGUCUUGCCUCUCUUGCGAACCAGAGAAUAGACGAUGCCAUCGCGAGCGGCAAGUUCAAAAACCUGCCUCGUGGACAAAAGAUCGAGAAGGACCACAAUGCAAAUAGUCCUUUCAUCGACACUACGUCGUAUUUGCUCAACAAGAUCAUCCAGCGACAGGAGAUAUUGCCGCCGUGGGUGGAGAAGCAGCAGGAACUGGUGUCGACGGCUACGAAAUUCAGAAGUCGGCUACGGGCAGACUGGAAGCGGCAUGCAGCCAGAGUAAUAUCCAGUGGUGGUGGCGGUUUGGAUAAGCAGAUGCAGCUUGCUGAAGAAUACGCUUUGGCUGAGAGCGUCUACAACCCGACCAAGAAGAAGGAAGAGACGCUGAACGCUGUCGACAAUACCGGCCACUUGUCUCAGAUCUCCGUCUCAGGAGAGCUCAAGGCGUCGGAUCCGGAUCCAACAAUGUCAGUACAGGACGAGGAGACGCACGUGGAGAACGAGAUCAAGAUUAUGGAGCAAAGCUUCAAUGACGACGGUUCGCUCAAAGCACAACCCGACAGCACUGUCAAAGUCUCAGUGGAGCAGCCCGAACAGCAUGCCGGCGCUGCGAAAAGCGCCCCAUCACCUCCCCGCCAGCCUACUGUCCCACUCUUUCGCGACCCGAACUGGGAGAAGACCGAGCAUGGCUAUCUGAAUGCUGCAAUCAACAACCUCAACAACCUGGCACGAACCUACAAUCUGAUGGCCCCGCCCAUAGCUCGCAAGCCAUACUACUACCUGGACCGCGAACUGAAGGCUUGUUACGCUGACGUUGCUCCUCAACUCGCCCUCGCUAUCAAAGAGCGUGCUCUGGCGCCGAAGGUGAAAGGUGUGGAGAUCGUCGGCCAUCGACCGGGUGGCGUGCUAGACAAGUUCAGUAUGGAUCACAAGGCGACGGUGUAUGAUGACAGGAGACCGGAGUAUGGGUUCAAACAGUUCUGGAAGGACUUGUUCGCGAAGACUUAG